AUGCAGAUCUCCUGGGCUGUGUGCUCUGUCUGUGUCCUCAUACAAAUUGCAUUUCAAUCUGUGGAAGGGUGGCAAAUGUUUAAAAAUGAUGCUACAGAAAUAAUUCCUGAGAUCACUGAAAAUACAGAAACGCCGAUGGAGCAGACUUUCAGCAACAACAACACAAUGAACCAGGCAAAGCACGGAGGAAGACACAUACAACAAGCUCCAGACCCUAACGAUGCUUCCGACUUUAGCUGUAGAGAAAUGCGAACCACCCGCUAUGUGACAGAGGGGCCUUGCCGCAGCAUCAAGCCCGUCAAGGAGCUGGUCUGCUCUGGUCAGUGCGUCCCCUCACACCUCCUCCCCAACUCCAUCGGUAGAGGGAAGUGGUGGCGUCAGAAUGCCCUGGAUUAUCGCUGCAUCCCUGCUCACACUCGCACGCAGCGCAUCCAGAUGGCUUGUCCCGAGGAAGAGACUCGGACUUACAAAUUCCGAGCUGUCACGUCCUGCAAGUGCAAGCGCUACACUCGCUACCACAACCAGUCUGAGCUGAAGGACUUCGGAAAGGAAACUGUCAGGCCUCAGAAGAACAAGAAGCCCCGUCUCUCCAGAGCCAGGAGCAGCAAAUCUAACCAGCAUGAGUUAGAAAAUGCCUAUUAG